AUGGGCAAUCGCGUACCAGUCGACGAAGACGAAUUGCUCGAACAUAUCAUAGACGGCAUUCCGGAUGAUACGUUACGCGACCAAGCACGCAUACAAGGAUUUUCAUCAACUGAUUUACUUUUGAGAGCGUUCAGCAAAAUAAUACUGCGGAAUCGCAAUGUGACUGGCGCGGAUCGACAGGACAGGCGAGAUGCCGGACCGGCGAGAGGUGAGCGGCGCGAACGGAUCGUCGAGUCUGGAGACUGGAGCGGCAGGGGAGGUGGCGACGGCAGGAGAGGGACGCCAGGUGCCGAGCGCUGUUUCAACUGUGGUGCCCGAGAGCAUAUCAGCGCAAAUUGUCCGACGAAGAAUUUCGGUUCUAAAUGUUUUGAGUGCGGUAAACAUGGACACAUCGCAUUAAAAUGCCCUAAAAAAAUGGUGAACUGA